UUUUUUCUUUCUUUUUUUUUUUUCUCUCUCUUUCAUCUAGUUGGUACUUUUAUUUUUCAUAUUAUGCAAUCUAUCAAAUGUGUUGUUGUCGGUGAUGGUGCCGUCGGUAAAACAUGUCUUUUGAUAUCUUAUACCACCAACGCUUUUCCAGGCGAAUACAUCCCAACAGUGUUUGAUAAUUACUCUGCCAAUGUGAUGGUAGAUGGCAAACCUAUUAAUCUAGGUUUAUGGGAUACAGCAGGUCAAGAAGAUUAUGACCGUCUUCGUCCCCUCUCUUAUCCUCAAACGGACGUCUUUUUGUGUUGUUUCUCACUCAUCAGUCCACCUUCUUUUGAAAACGUCAAGACAAAGUGGUUUCCAGAAAUCAGCCAUCACGCACCCAACAUACCCAUUAUUCUUGUCGGUACUAAGCUGGAUUUACGUGAGGAUAAAGACACAAUAGAAAGACUACGCGAAAAAAGAAUGGCACCAAUUUCUUAUGCUCAAGGCUUACAGAUGGCAAAGGAUAUUUCUUCAGUCAAAUAUCUUGAAUGUUCAGCACUUACUCAAAAGGGACUAAAGAAUGUGUUUGAUGAAGCUAUCAGAGCUGUUCUUUCUCCUCCUGUUCGACCAAAGAAGAAGAAGGGCUGUCUUAUUCUUUAAAUCUCUUUUUUAUUUUAUAUAAUAUAUUAAAUCAAUAUCUAUCUAUCUAUCUUUAUGUGUUGAAUAA